CAUUUUCUCCUCAAAUCACCCAGCCUCCUUCAAACAAAUCACUACCACCUUAAAUUAGUGUUCUUCUCCACUCAAGUAUCUCCAUUAUCUUUUUCAAGUUUACUUCUUUAUCUUGGCAUACAUUUUCCAAACCACCUAUAUUCUUCGAAUCAGUUAGGGUAAUUGAUUUUAAACUCCAAAAAUGCAAGGAAAAGAAAUUUUUUUAUUCACUGCAAUAGUGAUUGGAUAGAUCCGGGUUAUUCUGGUGAUGAUGAGUAUGGCCGCAGCGGCGAAUUACAUCCCUUGUCUUUACUGUGUGACUUAAGUUUACAAGAUAUAAAGAAAAGGGCAAUGCGUCUAGAAAUUUUUGUAGACGGGCCGGAUUUUGAUGUCUACGGUCUUAUGCGGGUUCCCAACAUGGAAAGAAAGCAACGCAUUAAGAUUACUUCAAAUGAUGCUUUGAGAAUUUAUGUUCAGGAGACACAAGGAAUGACAAUUUUUUUACCGUAAAAUCCAAAUCCAAUUAUGAAGUAAAUCUUGGCAGUGAAAAUCGUAGAAAUCCCGUAACUCCUCCAAACGCCGAUCAACAUGCAAGGCACGGCGGGGCCGGAGUCACUAGUCCGUUAACACCUCCCCAGAUGAAUUCCUCUGAGGAUGGAGACUGCCACCAAGAGACUAAAAGAGUUCCACCCGCUAAGAGGCGCAUAAUCACAGAGGAGCUCGGUACACCAGGCAGCAAGAGGCUACGCAGCCUGCACGAUGCUCCGUGUACUCCUGAACCGGAAGACGACGAUACAACACCGUUUCCACCAGCAAGGAAAAUGAGGCACGAUGAACUGCGUGAAACAAACACAUUCAAGACCAACCAGGUACUUGAAAUUGUCUUAGAAGUUGCCAAACUUAAAGAAAGAUUUAACUGGCACACUGUAAAUUCCAACCGAAGAAGGCUGGUUGUCGAUUGCAAAGAUCCGUCAUGCAGGUGGCUCUGCGGGCAUCCAAGAAAAUAUCAAAAAGAAAUACCACAACAAUGAAGCGGCUGGGUUAUUUUGGAAUGCUGCCCAAGCUUACACUGAGCAUGAACAUAAACAAGAUAUGGCUGAACUUCGAAAAUUGAGCCCAAAGGUUGCAGAUAAGGUACGGGAUAUUGGACCACACAAGUGGGCCAGGUUUUACGCUAAAGGAGCCCGUUAGUCUCAUGACGAAGAACGCCUGCGAGUCUUGGAAUGCGAAAAUAUUGAAAGUCAAAGAUGUGCCCAUAUGUCAUUUAGUAUAUUUUCUUCGGAAAUCCCUCAUGAAAUGGUUAUCUAUUCGUAGACAACAAUCUAAUGAUUAGCACCAUGCCUUCAGUAAACACUCCCAUGAAGCUAUAGAGUUAGGCAGAAUAUUGGCUCAUCCAUGUGAUAGAUGUAGAUACCAAAUCAUGCAUCGUACACGUGGACGGUGAUUAGAAGUCGCAGCUGGAUAUAAGCGUACAACGGCGCACACCGAAUCAAUUCUAAGUUAGCUUAGAAUCUAAGCGGAUGUUAUUUUUGUAAAUAACUAACAUCCCUUUUCCUUAUAAAGAAGGGAAGAUAAG